GAGGAGCGGUAAUGUAGUGAUGACGAAUAGGCAGCCAGAAACCAUAAUCAAACAUCCAGCAUUGAGUAAGCUUGCACAUGUGGUUUCAGUCUCAUUGAAAGAAGCUCUCAAGAGGUCGAGUAAAGAACAGCGACUUGAAUCUCAGACGAAUUGAGCUGGGCCUCUCUACGUCAUUUUAUUUACACUUCAGAGAGCGGAGAAGAAGAGAUUAAAGUCAGUGAGCCUUGUUGUGUCCAGCUGAUUUUAAAGACCACAUGAUGACCAUCCGUUGAGAGCGUAAGACGACGUGACGUGCUGCUCCCUCUGUACCUGUCUCCAGCCCUGCCUCCACCCCACCCGAACCAUCACCAUGGGGAUUAAGAAAGACGCCGACACCUUGUCGACUGGCUCCAUGCGUUUGAAGAAGGAGAUCUCCCUGCUCCACGGGGUCUGCCUCAUCGUGGGCAACAUGAUCGGCUCGGGCAUCUUCGUGUCUCCCAAAGGGGUUCUCCUCUACACAGGCUCCUUCGGCCUGUCACUAGUGGUGUGGGCCAUCGGCGGGGUCUUCUCCGUGUUCGGGGCUCUGUGCUACGCCGAGCUGGGAACCACCAUCCACAAGUCUGGGGCCAGUUACGCAUAUAUCCUGGAGUCCUUUGGAGGCUUUCUGGCUUUUAUUAGGCUGUGGACGUCCCUGAUGAUCGUGGAGCCAGCCUGCCAGGCUGUCAUAGCCCUCACCUUCUCCAAUUACCUGGUGCAGCCCUUCUACCCCACCUGCACAGCCCCCUACGAUGCUGUGAGACUCAUAGCAGCAGCCAUCAUCGGUCUCCUGACGUGUGUGAACUGUAUGAAGGUGAAGUGGGGGGCCAUCCUGCAGGUGGUCUCUACAGUAGCUAAGGUCCUGGCUCUCAUCGUCAUCAUCAUCGCUGGGAUGGUCAAGCUGGGACAAGGCCAGACGCAGAACUUUGAGGAUUCAUUUAAGGGUUCUAAAGUGAACCCUGGGGACAUGGCCCUGGCUCUGUACGCUGCUCUCUACUCCUAUUCCGGCUGGGACACACUCAACUUUAUCACCGAGGAGAUUAAGAACCCGGAGAGGAACCUCCCGUUGGCCAUAGGGAUCUCAAUGCCCAUCGUCACGGUGAUCUACAUCCUGACUAACGUUGCCUACUACACCGUGAUGAAUGCUGAAACCGUGCUGGCCAGUGAGGCUGUGGCUGUGACGUUUGCUGAUGAGAUGCUGGGCUGGGCUCGGUGGCUGAUCCCUCUGUCAGUGGCCAUCUCCUGUUACGGAGGACUCAACUCCUCCAUCAUCGCUGCCUCCAGGCUGUUCUUCGUGGGCUCCAGGGAGGGUCAUUUACCCAACGUCCUCUGCAUGAUCCACGUCAAGCGCUACACUCCCAUCCCAGCCCUGCUCUUCAACGGCGGCAUGUCUCUGAUCUACCUGUGUGUGAAGGAUGUGUUCCAGCUCAUCAACUACUUCAGCUUUAACUACUGGCUGUUCAUCGGUCUUUCCAUCGCCAGCCAGAUCUACCUCCGGGUCAAAGCUCCGGACAUGCACCGGCCCGUCAAGCUCUCCCUCUUCUUCCCCAUAGUGUACUGUCUAUGCAGUGUGUUCCUGGUGGUAGUACCUCUCUACAGUGAUACCAUCAACUCUCUGGUUGGUAUCGGAGUGGCUCUGUCUGGAGCUCCAGUCUACUACAUCUGUAUCCACCUGCCCCCCUCCUCCAGACCUGCCUUCCUGGGCAGGAUGCUCGACAUGAUCUCCCUGAACACCCAGAAGCUGUGUCUGUGCUGUGUGGUCUCACCUGACCUAGACCUGGACAACAUCCCUGAGGAGAAGCUGGAGUAAAGGAAGGAGGGAGACACUAAGCCAUAGGUGGAACAUACAGCCCGCCAUCAUAGCUACACUCCACCGCCCUCCUCCUCCACGACACAAGGCUUAUCGAUGAAGCAGUUUAUUUCUUUAACAUUUUUUUUUACCAGGACUUGACUUUUUAAAACAUUGAUGUGAAUUGAUUUCCUAUGGGACUGCACAGUGAGUGGGUUGUGUUCAGUGCUAUGGUUGGCCUGAGGAAAGCCACUUUCUAGUGCUGGUGACCUGCCACAUGUAAAACAGCACAAUGUAGUUCACUCCUACUGGUUACACCUAUAGAGACGGUCAAUUAUGGAAGUUGAACCUUUUAGGACCUACUGACCAAAGAUUCGGUUUGAAGUUAGUGGAGAUUGAAGUGUUUGUUGCUUUGUCUAGAUAUUGAAUGAGUUUGAUAUUAAAGUCAUAAUUUUUUUUUUUUUAAGUUGGAGUGGUUAAUCAAAGAUACCUGUUCUGACCCAACUUUACUUUCCUUAGGCCAGGUGUGUGUGUGUGCGUGCUUGCAAAUUGCUUAUCAAUGACCUAUCUUUGACAGUUUUAGGUCUGUACUCUCCUAUACAAGGGUCACUGAAGAUUAUUCCAUCCACUUAGUGAUGGUGUCAAGUGACUUUGACAUAUGUACUGUAUGGGAACUGGCAUGGGCUGAGCCAUUAUGGAGUUGAAGUAAUGUUUAUUGGAGAACUGACUGAAUUAGAACAAAAUGGUUCCUAUUUGGUUCUUUAGUUGUCUCUACCAAGCUAAGCUAUUCUCCCUGAUAACUCGCUCAUUCCCAUGACAAUAGAUUGCUGUUGCCCUUUUCUGUCCUGCCGUUUGUUUUAAAGCGUUAUUUCUCACCAAUUUGUCCUUGAUGGACUGAUGAUAGUCAUUUAGUUACUGUUGCCUUUAGGCCACUUUUGGUCUCACUUGGAUGCUAUCAUUCUAUGUGACAUCACCAGUUAGACAUUGUUACUGUUACCAUGGUUGUCCUAUUGAUGUCCAUAGAUCUUUUAGAUUUUUAGUCUAUGUCGUUAUUACGCUAAGCUAGCGCUCUAAGCUAUAAAGCCAGAGCGGGUGUGGUAUAUGGCCAAUCUACCACGGCUUAGGACUGUUCAUAGGCACGAUGCAACGCGGCCAUAUACCACAAACCACCAAGGGGCAUUAUUGCUAUUAUAAACUGGCUACCAACGUAAAAAUUUAAGUUUUCUUUGUCAUACCCGUGGUGUACGGUCUGAUGUACCACUCCUAUCAGCAUUCAGAGCUCGAACCACCCAGUUUAUAACACCUUUUAUCCUAUUCCAAGGGUUGGCAACUUUUUAUAAUUUUUUUUGACUUUCAUUUUUGGUGAAGGGGAAAAGUAAAAAUAUUGUAAAAUCUGGAAUUCAGCAAAUUAGUUUUAAAUUCUUAUUUUCAAAUAUAAUCUCUUUGGGCUUAGUAAUGGUCAAUUUGCAGUUUAAAAAUUAUAAUUAUGUUCCCCGACCAUUCGCUCCAACAAACAUCGGAGCAAUACCCUUGGUACACAAAUCUAGUUAGCUUUCUCAGUCAGCGUUGAAGUCACCUACAGCGACAUGUUAACGUCACUCGAUAUUCGAAUUAGUAAAAUGUUACUGACACGUUUCAAACCAUAAGCCUUUCUGAAGAACCAAACUGACGGUUACUGAUGUAGAAAUGGGAAACUGUAUAAAGGAUAUGUCCAAUUUGUUUUGUAUAAAAAAACAACAACAUUUUUUACAAUUUUAGAUGGUUAUCCUAUUAAUGAAAUCUCAGCCAUAGACUUGUCAUGCA